AUGCUUGGGACCCGAACGAAACAAGUCUUCUCCUAUGGACGCAGAGGCCAUCGAAUCGUCAGCGUAUCCGAACGACACGAUAAACUCCGCGACGAGAAUUUAAAUAUGUCUAGCGGAGGAGACCUACCUGUAACGCCAUUGACCAAGCUCAAUAAUUCUCCUGACAGGCCUCUGACACCUGCACGUCGUGCACGGAGAAAGAUCAGAGUAUCUUCUCUCCCGUCAUCUCCCAAAGCCAAAGCAAAACACGUCCGCUCACCCACGAAAAAAACUCAGCAAUCGCCGUUAUCCAGACCACCUUCAUCACGUCAGCCUCUCAGCGUGAAUUCCCCUAAUGUGCCCAAGUCUGCGGCCACCCGGAAAAAGACGAGAGUACUAGGGUCGAAGGGUACGCCGCUGAAGCAGUCCUAUUCUCCCGUUGUUAGUGUGGACAUCAUUAUUUUGGACGAUGAUGGACGGAGAGUUAGCCAGGAGCGCAGGAUUUCCCAUACGGAUGUUCAAGUAAACCCUGCCACCAUUAAUCUUCCGAUCAAAUAUCCUAUUCCAAGAAAGCCCACACUUGAGGAAGAUGUGAUAAUACUCUCUGAUAGCGACGACGUCUCUCUAGCAGUUCCAAAACCGAAGCGCAAGAGCAGGCAUCGGAAGAAAGCUCACUCUCGGUCGCCUGCCAAGCCGGCGAAGGCUCCUGCUCUCUUCAAAGUAGAUACAGAUACUCGAUUGAGAUCUCUCGACGUCAUUUCCAUCCCAUCUACCAAUCCUAGUGCGCGGCAGAGCCACAGACCCCUCCCACUUGCACAAAACCAACCUCCAAAAGCCCAGGACGUUGAGGCACGGGAAACUCCAUCUGCGUCAAUACGGCUUGACGAUUAUAGAAAUACAGUCAACCCUUCCAUACCUCCACCCACGCGUUCGAAACCUCGUCAGCUUACGCCAAUUCGACGUGGCCGAAAUGUAUUCCCCCGACCACCUUCGCCGCCCUCACCCUCCUUGACAGCCGACUUUGAUCUUGAGAGAGAGAUUGCUGAGCUCAGUCUCGACGCUGAUCUGGCUGCCGAUGAAUCCUCUGUCUUGAUACCAGAAUACCUCGUCCCCCUGCUUUCCGAAUGCAGCCAGACUACUCCUCACGAGUUCUCAGCAUUCAUUGAGAGCUUCCCGCAUGAUUCCAUUGUGGGCGCAUGGCACGAGGGUACAUUGUCUCGCCGGGACGUAGCAUUUCAAAAGAUCGGUGAAGCUUCAUAUUCUGAAGUGUUCGGCAUUGGAGAUGUUGUUUUGAAGAUCAUUCCCAUCCGUGACGAGGACACCCAGCCUAGUGAGGGCGCAGAUUCAGAUGUGGAAAGCCCGGCUCCAAGUGACGCGAAGGAUGUUAUCAAAGAGAUGAUCGUGACGAGGGCUAUGGGCGAGAUAUGCGACGGGUUUGUAGAGCUUUUGAGAACCUACGUCGUGCGAGGGAAGUAUCCGUCGUUAUUGCUCAACUUAUGGGACGAAUACAAUGAUAAGAAAGGAUCAGAGAGCAUCCGACCAGACGUAUUCACGCUGUCCCAAGUAUAUGCUAUCAUCGUUCUACCAAACGGUGGACCAGAUCUUGAAGCAUAUACCUUUUCAACACCAUCAAAAAAUGGUUGGCGUCAAGCAUGCAGUCUUUUCUGGCAAGUUACCCGCACCCUCGCGCAAGCGGAAGAGCUUGUGUCCUUUGAGCAUCGAGAUCUUCACUGGGGACAGAUCCUAGUAAACAAUGUUCCAUUUUCCGCUCCCGCACGUCGGACUACAACGAAAACCAAACUUUCUAUGGAUCACCCGGCUCAUGGUGUUCGAGCCACUGUUAUAGACCUGGGUCUCUCUCGUAUGGAUUCCACUAGUUCCCAAAGCAAUCAAACUGUUCAUUGGACACCAUUUGACGAGGAGAUAUUUGAGGGCGAAGGCGACUAUCAGUUCGAUGUGUAUCGCUAUAUGCGCAAUCACAACGGCGAUGAUUGGCAGAAAUUCCAACCUCUCACGAAUGUCAUGUGGCUGCACUAUCUCGCUACCAAGCUCCUUGAGUCGAAACGGCUUCGCCCACCGCCGACGUCGCGUAAAAAUGCCGCUCCAACAGCCAGCUCUGUGACGUACACUGAGCGCGAAUGCUACGACUGUCUCAUCGAGGUAGAGGCUCUUCUCUCUCAAGCAGUUGACUCGGCGAAGAAGCCGACAGCCGCGAAAAAGGGACGAAGGAAAACGCACGCGCCGACCAAGGUGCUUGUGUACUCAGGACCAAAUGCGGCCGAAGAUGUUCUACUUUUUGGCGUGCAGAGGGGGUGGAUGAAGGCCUGAUAUGGAGGCAGUGUUCACGUUGAGGUCGUCAGUUCGUGCCUUCUGCCUGUGGACUGUGUAACCAGUACACUUUGUAACCUUACAUGGCUUCUCUCAGUAACUCAGUCCCACCCUCUUAGCAGGACAUAUGCGAUCAGAGCACACACUGAUAUGCGCUAUAUUGCUCGUGGAUCUGAUGACAGCGUUUGGGCC